AUGCUCACCGCGCGCGGCCUCCGUCGGCUCGCGGCGGCGGUCUGCCUCGCACGCCGCUCCGCGUCGGCUGUGGCGGCGCUCCCCGGUGCAGGCGCCGCGCGGUUCCACGACUACGACGCCGCCAUCACGGAGUGUGUCGAGAGGCGGGCGCUCCGCGAGGGGCGGCAGGUGCACGCGCGCAUGGUGGCCGCGGGGUACCGCCCGGCGCUGUACCUGGCCACGCGGCUGGUGAUCAUGUACGCCAGGUGCGGCGCGCUGGAGGACGCGCGGAACGUGCUCGAUGGGAUGCCCGAGCGGAACGUGGUCUCGUGGACGGCAAUGAUCUCGGGUUAUUCUCAGAACGAACGGCCUGACGAGGCCUGGGAGCUGUUCAUCAUGAUGCUCAGAGCUGGAUGCGAGCCUAACGAAUUCACUUUGGCAUCCGUCCUUACCUCCUGUACUGGCUCUCAAGGCAUACACCAGGUCAAGCAAGUCCAUGCUUUUGCCGUCAAGACAAAUUUUGAGCUACACAUGUUUGUAGGGAGUUCUCUUCUUGACAUGUAUGCCAAGUCAGAGAAUAUCCAAGAAGCUCGUAGGGUGUUUGAUAUGCUUCCUGCAAGGGACGUUGUUUCCUAUACCGCCAUUUUAUCUGGCUACACCCAACUGGGCCUUGAUGAGGAAGCCCUGGACUUGUUCAGGCAGUUGUACAAUGAGGGGAUGCAAUGCAAUCAAGUUACGUUCACAGCCCUUCUCAAUGCAUUGUCUGGACUUUCUUCCAUGGAUUAUGGCAAGCAGGUUCAUGGGCUAAUCCUUCGUAGAGAGUUGCCAUUUUUCAUGGCUUUGCAGAAUUCUUUGAUUGAUAUGUACUCUAAAUGUGGCAAGCUGUUAUACACACGAAGGGUAUUUGACAAUAUGCCUGAGAGAUCAGUGGUUAGUUGGAAUGCUAUGCUUAUGGGAUAUGGAAGGCAUGGCUUAGCACAUGAAGUUGUUCAGCUCUUCAGAUCUAUGCGUGACGAAGUGAAGCCCGACAGUGUUACUCUGUUGGCUGUUUUGUCUGGCUAUAGUCAUGGUGGUCUGGUUGAUGAGGGCCUUGAUAUGUUUGAUCAUAUAGUUAAAGAGCAGAGCACACUCCUGAAUAUUGAGCAUUAUGGAUGUGUUAUUGAUCUUCUUGGACGUUCUGGACAACUUCAGAAGGCACUAAAUUUGAUAGAAAAGAUGCCAUUUCAACCAACUCGAGCAAUUUGGGGUUCAUUGCUUGGUGCUUGUAGAGUUCAUACUAAUGUUCAUGUCGGCGAGUUUGUUGCGCAGAAGCUUCUUGACAUCGAACCGGAAAAUGCUGGCAACUAUGUGAUCCUUUCUAACAUUUAUGCUGCUUCUGGGAUGUGGAAAGAUGUUUUCAGAGUGAGGAAGUUAAUGUUAAAGAACACUGUGAUAAAGGAACCAGGGCGGAGCUGGAUGAUUCUUGACAAGGUUAUUCAUACCUUCCACUCCAGUGAGCGUUUCCACCCCAGGAAGGAAGAUAUAAAUGCUAAAAUUAAGGAGAUAUAUGUUGCUAUUAAAGCAGCUGGCUUUGUUCCUGAUCUGAGCUGUGUGCUUCAUGAUGUUGAUGAUGAGCAGAAAGAACGUAUGCUUCUUGGCCACAGUGAGAAGCUGGCCAUAACUUUUGGACUGAUGAGUACUCCUUCAGGCAUAACCAUCCAGGUUAUGAAGAAUCUUCGCAUCUGUGUUGACUGCCACAAUUUUGCAAAGUUUGUCUCGAAAGUUUAUGGAAGAGAGAUAUCCCUCAGAGACAAAAAUCGCUUUCAUCUAAUUACAGAAGGAGCUUGCACCUGUGGAGAUUACUGGUGA